AUGAAUCAAAAUAAAAGAAAAUCUGACAAAAAUCAAGAACUUAAAAAAAAAGACCAUCCGGUUUGGGAUUUUUUUUAUUCAAUUCGAUCAAAUCCAAAUAAAAUUUACUGUAAAGAAUGUGAAAAAUCUGGUGAAGAAUCCCCAGCCUCUUAUGUCUCUCGUACGAGUGUUACUAAUCUAAAAAAACAUUUUGAAAAACAUCAUAAUGAAAAAUGGAAAGAUAUUGACAGCCAAUAUCAAAUGAUGAAGUCUAGUAAGAAAUCUCGCCUAUCUGAUCAGGAAACUUUGGAUGUAUCAACUAAUCAUACUGGAUCGCCUAACAUGUCAACUAAUAUGGAAUCACCGAGCAGGUUAGAGAAUGUGGAAUCUUCGAGUGUAUCAAAUAUGUCGAUUUUUGAUGUUGAAAUUAAAAAGUACACUAUUAAAAAUAUUAAAAAUAUUAAAAGAGUUAACAUUAAGGGUAUUAUUCAAAAAAAUAUCAAAGAACUAUAUUUAGAAACGGAAGAUGAAAUUGAAAUUGAAAGAAAACAUAAUAAUGUAAGAUUUUUAAAUGUGCCAGUUGAAAAAGAAAUUAACAAAUACACUAUUAGAAAUAUCAAGAAAGUUAUUAUUGAUGAUAUUAUUCAUGAAUGUAUCGACACUGAUGAAAUGUAUUUAGAAAUAGAUGGAGGAAUUGAAUUUAAACAAUGCAUAUAA